AUGAUCAUGCCUUCAUUCUUCCCAGCCCUGCCACUGCACCUGAUCUUCAGGCCAGCAGCUCAUCUCAUCCCUCCCUCAGGCCAGCCUCUGGCUUCAAGCAGUGCAGUCCCUCUCUUUGCUCUGACAGUUCUUGCAAAGCUCUCAGUGUUACCAGUGCCUCCUGCGGCCCCGCGGGCCUAUGACCAUCCCCCCCCUGUCUGCACAAUCUCUGACCAGGCAUAUGUGAAUAUGCCUAGGUUCUCUACCAAUGGUCCUCGCGCCGCGGCGCAUUUCCGCAAUCCCAUUGCCAAUGGGAGAUGA